CAAAGAUCGUCGUUCAACAGUUUUUUUAAAGCAUCUAAUCCGUUCGGACAGACUAGUUUCGCUGCCAAGAUAGACCGAUUGGCAGUGACAAUGGCCGCUUGCAAGAGCAGCAUGGUAAGCCUGUACGAAGAAGGACCUGAUCCUAGGCCAGGUGAGCAGCCCGAUCGUGUUGUUGUUCUUAUCGGUAGAACAGGAGCGGGAAAAUCCACCAUGGCGAACGUGCUGGCAGGCAAAGAGAGUCUUUUCAAUGAGUCUUCGGGGGCUAUGUCCUGCACAAAGGAAACACCGACUGAGCUGGUAGCGGUUAAUUUUGGAGGCACUCGCUAUGUGCUGAAGAUCGUUGACACAAUAGGCAUCGGUGAUACAAAGCUAAAGCGUGUUGACGUCCUCAAUCAGCUUGCUCACAUUGCCAAUAAUUGUACCGGAGGAAUAAAUCAAGUGCUGUUUGUCACCUCCUCUCGCUUCACGAAGGAGGAGGAAGAAGCCUUCGACAUGAUGAAGAGCGUCAUAUUCCAGACUGAAGUGCUUAACUACACCAGUGUUAUUCGCACUUACUGCGUUGAGUAUGAUGAACCAGAGGAGGAGGUCAGGGUGAGGACAGACUUGCAGCAGCAAUCGCCCAUCAUGAAGCACGUUAAAAAGUUUCUCUUGGUCAGCAAUCCUUCCCUGAAAAAGGAAAGAGGCCGCGAACUUGCAAUGGAAGACAGAUGCCAAUCUCGACAGCGAGUUCUCGCACAUCUCAUACUGAACUGCAAAGAGAGAUAUUCGCCAGACACGCUGCAGCGCAUACAAGAGAGAGUCAAGGACAAGAUUGACGAGGAAAAGAAACUUGAACAGGAGCUAAACGCAACUAAGAAGGAGCUGGCCAGCGUUCAACAGACCAUGGAUACCCUGAAGCAGAACGAAGAAACCCAGAGGCAGACCAUGGAAGCGGAGAAAGCUGAGAUUAACGGGAAACUGAAAGAAGUGACAGAACAAGCGGCUGCUAUGAAGAUCUCUUCGGAUGAGGUUGAAAGGCAGAACAAGAUGUAUUUGGAAAGGUUAGCAGCAAUGGACGAGGCUGAACGGAAGAGAGAAAAUGGAGAGCUGCGAGAGCAGCUCCGAAUCCAGCAACAACAGCUCCUAACCCAGCAACAACAGCAGAACGAGAAUAAGCAAGUCAUCAAAGAACAAAUUGCCCAAACCAUGGGAGCCAGUCACCGUGACGAAAAGGAAAAGCUGAGGGAAAAGCUCCAGCAACUGGAGCGUGAGAAAAUGGAAUUAAAAAUGGCGAGACAGGUGGAUCAGGCCGAGAAAACAUGUUUGGAGGUGAAGGUUCAAGCCCGUGAGAAGGAAGUGGAAGCUUUCAAGCGGAGUGUAGCUCAGCUGGAAGGAUACAGACAGCGUUCGUGGUUCGGAAAGUAUAGUAAAGAUUUGUAACGGCCACUGUACCAUGCUUCUGAGGAACGAUAAGCUAUGCGUGUGUUGGGUAUUAUCAGUAAUUUGAUCAGAUUGGUGUGUUCCUUUCAAGUUUUUCACCUCGCAGUUAAGUUGUGUACGAUCCACUUUCUUUCAUCUGUUUUACUUUUUGUUUCACCUACUUAGUAUACAUGUACAUGUAUGCAUUUAAGAUUAUGCAUAGUAGUACCCGCACGAGGGCUUCAGUAGAAAAUUAAUACGCAAAGUAGACAUCCCUUGCUGAUUCCUAAGCACAUUCGCGAUCCAUUUCUUUAUAGUGUGCUGCAUCAGUGAAUAUUUCGAGCUACAUGAUUCUAGUGAGCUCCAGGUGGGGGCAAACGGGUUUGUCGAUAAAGUUUUGUUGCAAAAUAUUUCCCCUAAAUAGUGAUGGUUAUAAUUUACUAGUAUUGCGAUGCAGUAUGCCGUUUUCAUCAUUUCAGUUUCCUUUCUAAAAACAAUCGAGGCACGUCUUGUUUUGAUGUUUACAAA